CCGUGUCGGUGGCCACUGUGGCCAGUGAAAAUGGCUUCCGAAAACUGCAGGCAGAUUGCCAGCUGCCUGCAGAUCGAAGCAGAGAAAGCGUGGCGCAGAUCCGAGCCCGGCCGCGCUCUCUGCGGUAAUCCGCUCCUGUCGGCCGCUAACCUGCGCAAAGUUACAGCAACUUUAGUCUGCCGCGUUCACGUGUCCGUGGAGCUCGCAGCGCACAUUCAGAGUUACUGUGUCGGAGCUUCGUGAAGCCACGGAGGGAUCCGUCCGAAACCCACACACUGAUCCCGGGCAUCUGUACCUGAUCGAUGCCGUAGAUCAAUACCUGAUCACACCCACAGCUGCUUUGUAUCUAAAUCAGAUAAUCCAGUGUUCUUAUCACCCAGACGGGCGUGAAGUGGACGACGGGCCGGAUUUCACCGUCAUGGUUCCACCAUGAGCGAGAACUUGCUGGACCUCUGGUUCUGUGAGGAGUGUCAGGACUGUUUCCACAAGGAGUGUCCGUCCCACGGGCCCCCGCUGUUCAUCCAGGACACGCACGCAGCCCCGGGGACAGCCAACAGGGCGGCGCUCACGGUCCCAUCGGGUUUAGAGGUGUUCAGUGAGGAAGACGAGGUAGAUGUUCGCUGUGUGGACGCGAUCUACCCCAAGGGGGCACUGUUUGGGCCGUAUGAGGGAGAGCUGGUGUCCAAGGACAGAUCCUCAGGAUUCUUUUCAUGGAUCAUUGUUGAUGUGAACAACACUUACCAGUCCAUCGAUGGCAGCGAUGAGACCAAAGCCAACUGGAUGAGGUACGUGCGGACCUCGUCAGAGGAGAGCGACAGGAACCUCACGGCGUUUCAGCACGGUAAAAACAUCUACUUCAGAGUCUGCCGGGCGCUGGUGGCCGGAGAGAAGCUGAGGGUCUGGUACAGCGACGAUUACAUCCGACGACUUCACUGCGUUUCUCAGGAGAGCAUCGACCGCAACCUGGACACAGGUCCUGGGAAAGACUUUAAGUCCCGGUGCCUGCAGUCAGCUCUGCAGGGCAAACUGAGCAAACAGCUGAGCGAAGAGUCCGACGGCCAGCCUCCGGCCAAGAGAAAGAAGAUCGACCUCAUCUUCAAAGACGUCCUAGAAGCUUCUUUGGAGGAGUCUGGUAAAUUCAGGUCCCGGUCUGGCCAACCCAGCGAGUAUAAAGUACCGGCCCUGGUUUCCAGGUUUGAUUCCUCUGAGACCGGCUUCGGCAUUCCCAACCUGAAGGUGGAGGAGAAGGAGGAGGAGGAGAACCAGAACACAGAGAAACCCUCCACCUCCUUCUGCCCCAACUGUGUGAAGCUGAAGAGGAGGAUCCUGGAGCUGGAGGAGGAGCUGUCCCGUCUCCGAGGAGAACAGAGGGACGCUGCUGCUUCGGCGACGUCCGAACAGACUCAACCCCAACGCGAUCAGGCCCCACCGCACCCCGAGCAAGGCCCCAUCGAGGAUUUUCAAGGGAUGGAGCCCUUGACACCCACUCAGGUGGUUCUGGAUGAAGACGACCAGGAUGUGGACUCUGCCGAUGAGUCCAUUGCUGCAGAUCUUGUGAUAUCUCCCGAGGACUCGUCGAAACUUUCCUCCGGAGGAGGCAGACGGAUUCGACGCUUCAAGCAGGAGUGGCUGAAAAAGUUCUGGUUCCUGCGUUACUCGCCAACCCUGAAUGAGAUGUGGUGCCACGUGUGCCGCCAGUACACCGUCCAGUCAUCCCGCACCUCAGCUUUCAUUAUUGGCUCCAAGCAGUUCAAGAUCCACACCAUCAAGCUGCACAGCCAGAGCAACCUCCACAAGAAGUGUCUGCAGCUGUACAAGCUGCGCAUGCAUCCGGAAAAGACCGAGGAAAUGUGCAAGAACAUGAUGCUGCUCUUCAACGCAGCGUACCACCUGGCCCUAGAAGGGCGGCCCUUCUCCGACCUCCGUUCACUGGCAGAGCUCCUGAAGAAGUGCGAGCUCAAAGUGGUAGAUCAGUACAUGAAUGAAGGCGACUGUCAGAUCCUCAUCCACCACAUCGCCCGGGCUGUGAAGGAGGAUCUCGCAGAGAAGAUGCGUCUGUCUCCCUUCCUGAGCGUCAUAAUGGACGCCCAAAAUGAUGACCUUUUCUCCGACAUGGUAGCAGUGUAUGUCCAGUUCGUUACCAACGAGGGCUCCCCAAACACAGAGUUCCUGUCCUUGCAGAGACUGACCGUGGCCAAUGUGGAUGGGUAUCUCCAGGUCAUGGAUCGUGCCUUCGGUGUCCUAGGCCUCCGGUUUCAGGACUUGCUGGUGGUCGGUUUGGGGGUGGACGGCACCAACAUCUCUUCAGGAAUGAGAGCAAACCUUUACAUAGCUGUCCAAAAAACCUUUCCCUGGAUCCUCUGUCUUCCCAUCAUGAUCCAUCGGCCACAUUUGGAAGUUCUGGAUGCCAUCAGUGGAAAGGAGCUCUCCUGCCUGGAGGACCUGGAAAACAACCUCAAACAGCUUCUCAGUUUUUACCGCUAUUCCCCUCGCAUGAUGGCCGAACUGCGAUCCACUGCGCCAACACUGUCAGAGGAGACGGAGUUCCUAGGAGACAUCAGAGCCAUACGCUGGAUCAUAGGAGAACCAAAUGUCCUCAAUGCGCUCAUCAAGGAUUACCUGGAGGUCGUCGCACACCUUAAGGAGAUCAGCAGCCAGACACAGAGGGCUGACGCUGCGGCCAUCGCGCUCACCCUCCUCCAGUUCCUCAUGGACUAUCAGUCAGUAAAGCUCAUCUACUUCCUGCUCGACAUCAUAGCUAUCCUGUCACGAUUGGCCUUCACCUUUCAGGGAGAGUACCUGCUGGUGUCGCAGGUGGAAGCAAAGAUAGAGGAGGCCAUUCAGGAGAUAGGCCAGUUGGUGGACUGCCCUGGAGAAUAUCUGCAGGAGUUUGAGGAAAAUUUCAGAGAAAGUUUUAACGGAGUUGCCUUGAAGAACCUGCGCGUUGCCGAGUCCAAGUUUCAGUCCAUCCGAGAAAAGAUCUGCAACAGGAGCCAAAGCAUCCUGUCUCAGAGGCUGGACCUGCAGAGCCGCUCAUUUGCCAAAGCUUGCAAGGUGCUGGACCUGUCCACGUGGCCCAGCAACCACGAGGACCUGCAAGCCUACGGGGACGAGGAAAUCAAGAUUAUAUUCAACCACCUGGAAUCGAUUCCCACCGCGGCCCAGGAGGGCUCCCAGACGGAGGCCAGAGGCAGCCUGGUGGUGGAGUGGAAGGAUCUGAAAGCAGACUACUACAGUAUGAACGGUUUUAAAGAGGUGAUCGGCCACAUCUGCAGGUACAAGCAACGCUUCCCGCUGCUGAACCGCAUCGUGCAGGUCAUCAGGGUCCUGCCCAGCUCCACAGCCUGCUGCGAUAAGGGCCGAGGGUCUCUGCAGAAAAUGUGCAAGAACAACCGCUCUCGGCUGACCCUGGAACAGAUGAACGACCUGCUGACCGUGGCCAUUAACGGACCGCCCAUCGCAAACUUUGACGGGAAGCGAGCGUUGGACAGCUGGUUCGAGGAGAAGUCCGGCAGCAGCUACUCGCUCUCAGCUGAGGUGUUGAACAGGAUGUCGGCAGCUGAUCAGAAAUGCGUGCUGCACAGCGUUGACGUCAACGCAGAAUUCUACCCUGAUGUGUAACGGGCAAAUCCUGUGCUGCUGAAAGACACUGGUGUGCAGCCAAACAAGGGGACACACUGAAGGAAUACCAAGUCCACUUAUCUCAAAGUAAAAAUUCACAUACUUGUGUUUGGGAGUGAAUUCAGAAAAGCUGUGAUGUCACAAUUACUGCCACCAAAUUCAGCUGGAAAAACAAACGCAGCCAAUCGGUGCAAAAAGGCAGAAAAUCAACAUCCCAAAAAUUCCCCUAAAAACUCGAGAAAACCCAAACGAGCCAUGAGAGUGAGUCUUAACCUUCAGUGGCCUUUGGCUCAUUCAGUCAUCAGGUUCUGAGGUUCUGCACGGCCACCAAAAUGUUUGUUGUGAAAUUUUAGCUUCAUAUUUCAAAAAUGUUUCAAGAUAUAGAAUUUUAAAAAAUGAUCUGUAGACUUACUUCCAGAAGCUUUUAUCGUUUUUGCAGUUGAAAUCUGAGGCCAUGUUUGAAUAUGAAUAUCUCCAAAACUGUUAAAUGUUAAAAAUACAAGUUGUGGGACCAUUUGCUCUCAGAGGUGAAACGUCUUCAAGAAACCUGGAGGCCAGUCGCUUUUCUUUCCGAGCUCCUUAGACGACCGUGACCUGGUGAGAACCUUCACAGACGUAGUGAUAUAAAACUUUUCAUAUGUGAAAAUAAACUUAGCAAAACAAUUAAGACUCGUGAAAAGGGGAUUUCUAGCUCAUUUCACACGAUUGGCAGUCGGAUACAAAACCCCCCAACCCAACUCUCACCUUAACACCAAAACUGCUGGAGACAAGCAGAGGAUCAGCAGCUGACUGGCAGAAUGGAUGCUGCAAGAGCUGUAAUGUACAUAAAAAUGCUGCAUUAUUGUGUUUUUAAUAUGUUUUAGCCUGAAUGAUCAGAUUCUUUAGGGCAGAAGAAGCGGUAGGUAGAGUAGGUCUUGAAAAUAUACGUACAUUUCAGAGUUAUAAUUGGAGUUCCACCGGGAAACUCCAGAAUUCAGUUCUGUUUGGAUUAGGCGAUGCAUAUUUUUGUUUUUGUCAUAUUUGUUCAAUCCAGUAUCAAAGAUGAAUGAAAACAGACUCUACAAACUCUCUGCCCCAAAUUACAGA